UCUCAAGCCUCAAACCACAACCGCUGUGUUACGCAGGUGGCGGAAAACGAAACGAGCUGCAUGCUACUCCUUGUGGAGAGUGCGCUCUGCCUUCCACAAGGGGGCGACAUUUCCCACAAGAUGGCUAUAUAGACCUGUGGAAUAUGAGGAACACCUAGAUGGUUCUGCUCCUUUGAGGAUCAGGGUGUGGUGAUGCCUAUGGAAAGAACCUGGUUUUUACCGGGGGGGGUAGCCCACCCCCAGCCCAGCCCAGCCACACACGCAGCGGGUCUCCAGAGGCCGGGUGUUGCCUUUGGACCUGAGAGAGGAAGGGCGGCCGUUCAUCUGCGGACUUUCCCAGCCACUAGUCACCUGUCCGUCCGAUGGCGGCCCCUAGGCCAAACCGCGAGGGGCCACCGGCCGAAACCCCGCAUUGCCUGAACGCCUGGGACUUUUUAAGCGACGAAAAAGUGCUGAUGAACGGCACCAUUGUGACGCCACUUUCUGCCAGCUGCCGGUGUGGCGACGGUGGAAGCCGCGGAUGAGUCUGCGGUUUCCGUGCCGUUUCCCUACCAGCGGAGCGCUGGCACUCGGGGGACUGGCUAUGCCAGGCCACACAGAGCCGCCAUUGUCCGCCGGGCAGUUUCACAUGGGCGCUUAGGGAUGGCCGCUGGGCUACUUCUGCAAUGGCCACCGAGCGGCAUAAAAGUGACUCCAGGCUGCGGGCCGGAGCUUCGCCCUCAGCAUUGGACCUGCCGCCCCCAGGAUGGAAGUCACAAGAGAGGCUGACCCACGCUCCCGCCUUAGGGCAUCACGGACUGAGAUCGCCAUGGCGAUCGACGACCCCUUCCCGCUGCUCUAUGGACUGGCCGAUCAUGACAUCAUUACCGACCAACAGUUCAAGGAGACACUGGAGCAGAAGAGGCGGGAGGGAAUUCACAAGGCCGUCUACUCUCUCCUCACCUGGCUCCUAGACCGGGAGGCCCAUGUUAUCCAGGCCUUCUGGAACAACCUGUCCAAGGAGUACAACCAGGAGAGGUACCCGAAACUGCAGUCUCUCUUCGUUGGCCUCCGGCAAGACAGGGAGAGUUUGAGUUCAAGGCAUGGAAAGAAGUCGUCAGGUGGAUCCCGACUUUCCGUUCAGCCCCCGGCGCCUCUGGGCCGGAAGCGGAGCCCAGAGAGGGGGCAGCGAGCCCAACACCCCCACCACAGCAAGCACCAGCGCAUAACCGGCCCAGGAACCAAACCGAAAUCAGUUAGGAAAACGGAGAGCGCCGAUGUAUCCCGGCCACCCAUGGGGAGCGGAAUCCAGGCAGUGGCCGCCUCGGUGCAGAGGGCCGUCACCUUGUCGUCCGGCGAGCUGCCGGUUAGCUGUGAGGCCAUGGAGGGAAUCCUGAUCAAGCAGGUCUUCGAGUCCGGAACCACCAAGAAAUGCAUUAAACUGGGCAGCGAAUUCUAUUCCCCUGCCAAGCUUGAUGAGCUAUCUGGAAGACACAAGUCAAAGACCGCAAAGACCCAAGUCCGCAACAAGGGGGCGCCAAGCAGCAAAAUCAAGGAGGUGCUGCGCAAUGACGACGAGUGUGCCGUGUGCAGAGACGGUGGCGAGCUGAUCUGCUGCGACGGCUGCCCCAGGGCCUUCCACCUGGCCUGCCUCCUGCCUCCUCUCUCCUCCAUCCCCAGCGGUACCUGGCGCUGCCAGCGAUGCCUUGGCGAGCAGCCGGAGGAUGUGAAGAGCCACGUGCCCACACAGGCCAGUCCCCCCCCCAUGACCGAGGCGACCUCUGGCCCCACCGUGGAUUUCUCCUUCUUCACCACACUGUCCUCAGCCUCCCUGUCCAGUGUCACCACCACCAAGAGCUGCCUGGCCGCAGAGCCACAGGUGGGGGCAGGGCAGCAGUGCGCCGUGUGCCAGCUCAGCGGGAACCUGACUUUCUGCCUGCAGUGUCUGCGGGGUUUUCAUCCGCACUGCGAAUCCCUGAGUGGGAAGUCCCGGUGCCGCUCCUGUUGCGAGAUGUGGCCCAGCAGCGCCGAGAGUGUCCAGCAGGAGGCGCUGUCCCUGACUCUGCCGGUGGCGCUGUAUGAGGACCCAGAAGAGCAGGGUGCCAUGCUCGCUGGAGACUCACUGAACAAAGACGAGCUGGAACCCAUCAUAGGGGAGAAUUCCAUAGACGGGAUCCUUCAAUGGGCUCUCCACAACAUCUCACGCCCCCUCUCUGAGAGACAGGGCUUCUUCCAGUGAGGGUCUGGUUAUCCUGGCGUUCUGACCAUCAGCGUGCACAUUGGAUCAUGGAGAAGACGAAGAUGGGCACCGCCUGAGAUGCUGGGUGGCGGGGUUGAUGUUUACUAUGCUGAUAAGAAUGGCUCUUGCGUAGGGGGCUGUGGUUUUCUGCUUGCAGAAGAUGACGUUCGUUUUCGCUCAAAAGACACUAAAUCAGGGGUUUUUGAUAAGACUUUACUUGAUGGGGCACAAGUACUACUGUAAGUAGUGACUUGCUUACUACUGAAAUACAAACCAUAAACAAAUGUAGAUGAGAAAACAGUGUUUCACAUGUGUAAUUCAUUACUUGUUUCUUCAGUAGUUCACAAAGGUUUAAAGAAUUAACAUAUAGUAAGUUCUUGAGAAAAAAAGAUGAUCAUGAUUCAUUAACAAACAUGAGAUUAUUUAAUCUGCACUAUUCAUGAUUUGUUUCUUCAGUAGUUAAAGGUUUACAGAAUUAAGAUACAGAUCUCUGCUUGAGAUAAAACGUGCGUCGCAAUUCAUUAAUGAUGAACGAACAUGACAUCAGUAUGUAACUAAGACUUAGUUUGUGAUUAAUUAAUAUAUUAGUAAUGGUAUAAUACUAUAUUAUUUGUGUCCCGUCUAGUAAUGUGUUACUGUUUUAAAUUUUCCCAUAAGUGAUUUCAAGAAACACGUGGAGGGGCUUGUGAGCAGAAAAUACAAAGAAAAAGUGUGUAUUUCAAAUAAUUUAAUUGUAUAAAACACAAUCACAAAUCAAGUCAUAUAAAUGCCGUGCAUUAGAUAGGAGAUUCAUACUGAGUAAGGGACUAAAAAUGAACAACUUACAGGAAAA